GCAGCGGCGGUGGCGGCGGCUCGGAGCGGUGGCGGCGCUGCGCUGCGGUUGCGCCAUCUGUCAGCAGCCGCGCGGGGUGCGCAGCGCAGCGCAGUGAGCGCGGACGGAUCGGAGGCAGCGCCCGUGGCAGCCCCGCGCCCUGCUGGGCUGUGCCCGCCCGCGGUGCGCAGCGGAGGGGCCACCGGCGAGAGAGGCGAGGAGAUGUGAGAGCCGGCCCCGCGCUGCGCCGCACAGGGCACGUUUCUGAGCCAUUUUUGAGGAGAUGUGGUGAAUGUAAACUUGCUGUCUUGGGGGGGAAAUUCUGCUGAGGCUUGCAUUAGCUCUUUUGGCCACGGCGUUUCAUUUGGAAUCCAUGUUCAGCUGAUUGCCCACCAGGACACCCAAUCUCAUAUUUAGUCUCUGCUUCAGAGGAUAGAGUCCUCUCUCUCCCUCUCAUCCUGAUUUUAGAUAAUGGGCUGUGUGCAAUGUAAGGACAAAGAGGCAACAAAACUGACUGACGAGAGGGAUGGGAGUUUAACGCAAAGCUCAGGCUACCGCUAUGGCACAGAUCCCACGCCACAGCACUAUCCAAGCUUCGGUGUGACUUCAAUUCCAAACUACAACAACUUCCAUGCCACAGGAGGCCAAGGACUGACGGUGUUUGGUGGAGUCAACUCCUCCUCUCACACAGGAACACUGCGUACAAGAGGAGGAACGGGUGUAACUCUUUUUGUGGCGCUUUAUGACUAUGAAGCAAGAACAGAAGAUGACUUAAGUUUUCACAAAGGAGAAAAAUUUCAAAUUCUUAACAGCUCGGAAGGAGACUGGUGGGAGGCUCGGUCCCUGACAACAGGCGAAACUGGUUACAUUCCCAGUAAUUAUGUGGCUCCAGUCGAUUCCAUCCAAGCAGAGGAGUGGUACUUUGGCAAACUUGGCCGAAAAGAUGCUGAGAGGCAGCUGUUGUCAUUUGGAAACCCAAGAGGUACCUUCCUGAUCCGGGAAAGUGAAACUACCAAAGGUGCCUACUCCCUUUCUAUUCGUGACUGGGAUGAGGUCAGAGGUGAUAAUGUGAAACACUACAAAAUCAGAAAACUUGACAAUGGUGGAUAUUAUAUCACAACUCGGGCACAAUUUGAAACUCUUCAGCAGCUGGUUCAGCAUUAUUCAGAAAGAGCUGCAGGUCUUUGCUGCCGCUUAGUAGUCCCCUGUCAUAAAGGAAUGCCAAGGCUUACUGAUCUGUCUGUCAAAACCAAAGAUGUCUGGGAAAUUCCACGAGAAUCCCUACAGUUGAUCAAGAGACUGGGAAAUGGGCAGUUUGGGGAAGUAUGGAUGGAGAAAGCUGAUGGUUUGUGUUUUAACUUAACUGUGAUUGCUACGAAUAAUACCCCACAAACUGUUGGAUUGGCUAAAGAUGCAUGGGAAGUUGCACGUGAUUCAUUGUUUCUGGAACAGAAGCUUGGUCAGGGCUGUUUCGCUGAAGUGUGGCGUGGUACGUGGAAUGGAAAUACUAAAGUGGCUAUCAAGACUCUGAAGCCUGGCACUAUGUCUCCAGAAUCAUUCUUGGAGGAAGCCCAAAUCAUGAAGAAGCUACGGCACGACAAGCUGGUGCAGCUCUAUGCUGUGGUGUCGGAGGAGCCCAUCUACAUCGUCACGGAGUACAUGAGCAAAGGGAGCUUGCUAGACUUCUUAAAAGAUGGAGAAGGAAGAGCUCUGAAGCUACCAAACUUAGUGGACAUGGCAGCUCAGGUGGCUGCAGGAAUGGCAUAUAUUGAACGAAUGAAUUACAUACACAGAGAUCUGCGAUCUGCAAACAUUCUGGUGGGGAAUGGACUAAUAUGCAAGAUUGCUGACUUUGGAUUAGCAAGGCUGAUCGAAGACAAUGAGUAUACAGCAAGACAAGGUGCAAAGUUUCCCAUCAAAUGGACUGCACCAGAAGCGGCAUUGUAUGGACGGUUCACAAUCAAGUCAGAUGUGUGGUCUUUUGGGAUCCUACUGACAGAGCUGGUAACAAAAGGGAGAGUGCCAUACCCAGGCAUGAAUAACCGUGAAGUCUUGGAGCAAGUAGAACGCGGUUAUCGGAUGCCGUGUCCUCAGGACUGUCCCAUCUCCUUGCACGAGCUCAUGAUCCACUGCUGGAAAAAAGACCCAGAGGAGCGUCCAACUUUUGAAUAUUUGCAGGGUUUUCUCGAAGACUACUUCACUGCAACAGAACCCCAGUACCAGCCCGGUGACAACCUGUAAUUCCCUGUUUCUCCACACACUGUCACCAAUUGCCAGGUGUCCCUCAGCCCUGCCCCACCUGCCCUUCAGCGUCCAGCUCCAUGAUCGGCUUCCAGGAGUGCAGCAGCAUCUCCCAGCACUGCUGGGCACAGAGGGGCUGGAGCUGGGAACUCGCGCAGCCCUCACCUAUGACCACUCAUCCUAAUAAUCUGAAUGUUCCUGGAUGAAAAGGAGAAAAACACUUGUUUCUUUUCUUAAUCAGAGACUCCUAAACUGCAUUAUAUCGAUGUUAUGUAAACUGCAAAACCUCUGUUCAUUGUAAAUAGUAACUCAGUGCCAAUAACUGAUCCUAGUGCUUUCCUUUUUUUAAAACGCAAAACCUAUGUGAUUUUAACCGGUCUUCUCCUGAUCCGACUAAAAGUAUUAUUUUCCAGAAGUGGCCUCUUUGUCUAAAACUUUUCUUUUUUUCUUUCUUUUUUUUUUUUUUCUCAUGUUUUAACAAAAAAAAAACAAAAAUCAAAAAAACAAAAAAAAAAUCAGGACAGGUGUUUGGUUUUUUGCUUUUUUAUAUAUAUAAAAUAUAUAUAAUAUAUAUACAUACGUGUACAUACCGUAUAUGGGCGCUGUUGCAGAGGAAGCUCGUUUUGAAUGGAAUGAAUCCCGCUGCAGCAGUACCCAGACGAGUGAGGAUUUUACUGCAGACAUGAAAACACUGGCGGGAUGGUGGAGGCCAGUGGUCUAAUUUUUGGCUUUUGCCAAGCAUGAUUUUUUUAAAUUGGAUUGCACUUUUUUUUUUGUUUGUUUCUGAUGAUGUACCUGUAGAUGGUUGUAACUUUGCUCUUUCAGGAACCAUGUGCUGUAUUUACAGUAAUGUUUCCCACGUUGAACAAGUGUGCGAUGGUUUGUUCUUGAAACGAAAGCGAGCGUAUUUAAAGCGAGAGAACUACAGCAUCACCCUUGGAACUGGAAAAUGGAAACUGCGAGGACUUCUUGUAUCAGAACGUGUGUACCGGAGCCUUUCAAAAAGAUUUAUUAAACCGUGUAACCACAUCCAGAUGGUCUUAAAAUCAUAGCAUUUUAGCCAUGUCCGAUGCUAAACUGUUGGUCACGCGACUAGGAUUCUUCUGUUUUACGUGUAACAUCUUUUUUCCAUUGUAAGAUAAGUGUUCAGUGUCCUGUACUGCUAAUGAAAGUACUUUCUCUGUGUCUGCAAGUUCUCCAGUGGAAUUACUAUGCACUUCUUUACAUUUCAUGGGAGAUGCACAGAACAAAGUAUUACCUUUUCGGUUGUCUGUUCCAGCCUUGAAUUACUUACGUUUAACCAAAAAAAAAAAAAAAAAGCAACAAAAAAAAUAACAAAAAAAAAAUUCCUUUCUAUUUCUAUUGAGUUUUUAAUACUGAGUUGCGAAUUUUAAAGUCUUAAUUACAUUUUGUUAUGGUUUAUUUGCAAGUUUACAUUUUAAAACUGUUUAACUUUCUUAAUUUAGUAAUUAAAACAAAGAAAAAAAACCAAAAAAACAAAACAAAGAGCAUUCGACAUUUGGAUAGUUGUUCUUUUGUUUAAAUUGUGGAGAUAACGGUGGAGAGGAGAUAAGGUUUCAAGAAGGGGCGUCUGAGCCCUUUGGGGCUUCGUAUUUGGUAGGAGCGUGCGGACCUAUGGGGUAUCGUUUUCAGAACUCAGAAGCCAGUGGGUUUGCAAGCAGCUGGAGUUCAACUGUAAGAAAGGUGGCUGAGUGCACAGCCGGUCUCUGUUCUGUGGAAGAGAUUCUUCUUCAGUAGUUCCUUUGCUUUUAAUGUGAAUACAAGUGUUGCAGGAAAAAGAAACCUAUGCCUUGCAUUGUUGUCAUUGCUUUCAAAUAUUGCAGCCAAGUCAGACUAAAUGAGGGUUGAAGAGUUUUUGUUUUUUGAUUAUUUAAUAAUUAGGUUGUGAGUCCGCAGUCUGAAUAGCCACACGUUUUCUAAAGAGAACUUUUAUCAGUUCCUGAACGUUCCUGAAACGUUACACGAUGAUGAAUUGAGGUUUGGAAAAAACGUUCUCAUCAUUGUUUCAAUAUUUCCUAUACAAAGCAGUGACUGCAAAUCCUCUUGCAAAGAGAGUUCUGCACUCAGCCUUUCUCUGAGCGUGAAUUUACACAGCAGUGUUGCCUGUUACCAGGCUUCCAUGCUAAAUGGGUUAACCUUUUACGUGUAGAGUCUACAAGCGACGUUAUGUACAUGGCUAUAGUCAAUGUUUCUGUACCUGUAGCUGUGGAACACCGAAGAGGCCAUAAUUCUCGUUGGACUUUUAAAAAUCAGUCUCCUCUUAAUACUUACAAGGUGAGUUGUGGUCCUUUUUCCCACAGCUGGCCCCUGCCUUAAAGCAUCACCCCACUGUGCUAAGCUCUGCAGCAGCUCGGCUGGCUGGUGAAGCCAAAACGUCACGUACCCAGAUGAGGGUGGCAAAGCACGGUCAUUCUUCCAAGCUCUAUAGCAGAUGGGAUGAGGCUAAAACAUUUGGGAUUUUGCCCGUGUUUCUCAUUGGAAGUAAGACUGAGAUGGAGAGUCGUUGGGAUUUUAUGGCCUUUAUUUCUGAUUCUCGGGUUUGCGGUUCCUCGUGUCACAUUCAGCCUGUGAGUGCCUGCCCGUAGCCAUGUGCAGGCUGCUGCUCCUACUUGGGGGCAGAUCCAGACCAUUUCUCAUCGGUAGCUCUUCUGCUUCUUUUUCUUAAUGUUGGGAGUUUUGUUGUUUGGGUUUUUUAAUCUCUCAAAUAAAAGACAUUAGUAAAAUUUAAA